AUGACUGAAGAAAAUGAGGAUGUUAAAUAUGAUACAGUUUUGGAAAAUAUGGGUAGUUGUGGAAAAUUUCAAAUUAGUAGAGUAUUGUUAAUUGUGUUUAUAUUAUUUAAUGUGACCAUAUCGCAAUAUAAUUUUUUAUUUUAUUCAUUAAUUCCUAACUACAGAUGCUCAGUUCCAAAUUGUGAAGAUGUGCCACCAAGUAAUUACACAGAAUAUCAACCCAAAUGGUUGAAAUAUGCAGUGCCAUAUAAAAAUAACUUACCACAAAAAUGUGAUAUGUAUGAGUAUAUUGGGGGAGAAAAUUUAACGGAAUAUAUUGGCGAGGAAAAUUCAACGGAAUGUUCCAUUGAUUCUUUUAACACAACAAAUAUCAUACGAUGUAAUGAUUAUAUAUUCGAUGGGCCAAAAUUUAUUGGAAUAGCUAGAGAAUUUGGAAUUUACUGUGAGGAUAAAUUAUGGAUGCUUACAUUACCGGCAAGUAUACAAUUUGUUGGACAAUUCUUAGAUCCUUUAUCCGGAUAUUUAUCUGACAGAUUUGGAAGAAAGAGGGUAUUUUUAGCAUUAUCCUUUUCAACUGGAAUUAUAUGUCAAUUACAAGCUUAUUUUGCGUAUAAUUAUUGGGUUUUAAUAUUCUUUGAGCUGUUACAAUCAAUUAUAAGAACAGGUGUAAUGCCAGUUGCAUUUACAUUAUCUUUAGAAUUAAUCAGUGCGAAACAUCGUUCCUUGGGAGCAUUUUUUGUAUUUAUGACUGGCGUAUCCGGUGAAGCUAUUUUGGGUAUAAUAGCAAUGUACGCAUCAAAUUGGAGAACAAUGAUACACAUUUCUUCAUUCCCGCCACUUUUAAUAUUAUUUUAUGGUUGGAUUAUUCCAGAAUCAAUCAGAUGGCUUCUGGCAAAAAAUAAAAUAAAGAAAGCAAAUAAUGCUAUUUCAAAAAUAGCUAAAGUGAAUGGCGUUAAAUGGAAUUUAGAUAAUUGUGUUAAAUUUGAAUCAAAAACUGAUUCAAAAAGAUGCCACGAACGAUUUGUGGAUUUAUUCAAGUCUGCUCGAAUGGUUCAACGAAUUGCAGCGUGUAUGGCAUGUUGGACUAUUGUUUUAUUUGUAUUUUAUGGACUCAUAUUAGGAUCAGUUACCAUAUUCGGUAACGUGCAUUUCAAUUUCAUCUUGGUGUCUUUAAUUGAAAUUCCUGGAAAUCUUGCUGCAUUAGUUUUUGCUAAUUUAAUUGGACGAAAAAAAACAUUAAGUAUUUCGUACUUAAUAGCAGCUAUUGCAUGCUUCGGCUUUGCGUUUUUGAAAGCGUUUGAUUGUAUUUAUAUAUAUACUGCUGAAUUAUUUCCAACUCCAUUUCGACAGAGGAUAUUAAGUAUUUGCUCAGCGUUUGGACGUGUCGGUGCAAUUUUAGCGACACAAAUGCCAUUUUUGGCAAACAUGUGGGUGUCUCUACCGUAUAUAAUAUUUGGCGGAGCUGCUGUUAUAGCAGGCAUUGUAACACUAGUAUUCCCUGAAACUCUAAAUACAAAGUUACCAGAUACAAUAAGUGAAUCUGUUAAUAUUGAAAAUGAUAAGAUUAAUAUAUAA